UCUUAUUCAGUUCUACUUCUACCUCUAUUCAUCUUCUUCUUCCUUGAUCGAUCCAAGAGAUAAAAAGAUGGUGGAGAAGGUGUUCAGCUGUGGACUAGAAUUAGCGGAUGUGGUGUUGGCUUCCAUGCUCCCCCAGUCUUCGUUGGCAGCGAUUCAAAAACUAAACGAUGAUCGUACCAAGAAGAGCAUAAGGGUUUCGUCCUUACCAUUAUCUCUGGGAUACAAAGCCUUCUCUGACGAUCAAAACAAGAGCGACAUCAUAGCUUUUGGCUGCGAAGUUGAACCAGUAUCAUCAGUUGACCUGUCCUCGAAUUUGGAACAACUUCUCCCUGAGUUCAAUUUCCUUCAAACGAAAGAUAACAUUUUUUCUAUCAACCUAGAAGCCGUAACACUCUUCCGCUCCCUCCAUCUUCAAGAUCCGGACCUCUUCCAGGGAUUGAGGAACCCUUCGAGGCGGCUGAUUGUAACGGGACACUCUCUAGGAGGGUGGGUUGCGUCGCUCUUCUGCUUAUGGCUGCUUGAGAAAAUUGAUAAGAAGAACAGUAACCUUCCCAUUUGCAUCACCUUCGGAUCUCCACUCCUAGGCGACGAUGGCCUCCGCAAAGCCAUUCGCAAUCAAUCUGGAUGGUAUCCUCGGUUCCUGCACGUCGUCUCCGACCGGGACAUCAUCCCUCGUACCUUCCUCUCAUCCACCACCAACAAUACUUACAAGCCUUUCGGCACAUUCCUCAUGUGUUCUCCAUCGGGUUCUGCUUGUUUCGAUGAUCAUGAUUCAAUCCUCAGUCUUUUGGAUGCUAUAGGUUCAUCUCAGUUGCCCACCAACCUCAUGGAUUAUAAGAAUCUAUUGGAACACCUCACCCAUCAGAUCAUUAUCUCCAAAGGAGCUUCGCAGCUACAUGAAUUGAGUGGCGAUUCACUUCGAGCCGGUAUAAUUCUUCAAUUGGACGCAAUUGGAGAUAAUAGAAUGAAGGAGGACAAUGUGGAAGACCCUUUGAUUACAGCCAUGGAGAGAAGAGAGAGAAUGAGUUACCACAAGCACAAGGACCGCAUCUCCAAGUCUGAAAAGAAACUGAAUGAUUCGAAGAUGGACAUGGCCAAUCUUGAAUGGUACAAGAAGAUCUGUUCCAGUAAAGUGCCCAUCGGCUAUUACGACUGCUAUAAGAGGAAGCAGUUCCCAAGGGACAUAGACGUCGUAUUGAAGAAGAAACGUCUCACCAAAUACUGGGAAGAUGUGGUUGACGACGCAGAGAGGAAACCCCCAAAGCAAGGGUUUGUUCCUUUGCCCACACGCCUGCUCGGCGGAGGAACAAACUAUAGGAGAAUGGCUGAACCUCUUGAUAUCGCUGACUAUUAUGACCAAGGCAAGACAAAUUACCGCACUCAAGGGCGGCCUAGGCAUUAUAAAUUGUUACAGACAUGGCAGGAAGAGGAGGAGAGAUUGAAGGCAGAGGAGAAGAGAUUGAAGGAAGAGAAGGAGAGAGCGGAAGGGAAGGAGAGAGCGGAAGAGAAGGAGAAAAACAUAAGGGAUAAGGCUGCCACUUUAACAGUGGAUUCUUGCUUUUGGGCAGAUGUGGAGGAAGCAAUGAUUUUGAUCGAAUCAAUUAAGAAUGGAGAAGUUGUUGAAGAAUCACCCAUGGCACAAUUAAAGAAAUUUGAGGAUUAUGUGAUGGGAUUGAUAAAUAACUUGGCGGUGUCUCCUGAGAUUUUCUUGGAGAGUAGCUUCAUGAAAUGGUGGAAGGAGUAUGAGAAAAUUACUGAACCUACUCAUGGAUCCUCCCUAGCUGACUUCAUGAUGAGUAAACGUUACCUACACUAUAAAUAAUUAUCUAACAGAUCGAUUGGAACCACCAUCUGGGGUUGUGUUGCACAUUGGCUGAUGGGUAUGGAGGUAUAAUUACUGUGUUCAAUAAGGAUAGUAUGUAUGCGGCUAAGGAGUUCUGUAUGGGUUAGUAAUGGGGGAGAAGUUAGAGGAGUUAAUAGGGAAUGGGUGUUAUCGUUUAUUUGUGUUUGCUUAUUUAUAAUUAUAAUAAUUUAAUAAAUGUGAGUCUUGAAAAUUUUAAAAAAUAAUUCAAAUGAGAUAAGAUGAGCUUUCUAGCCCAAA